AUGGCCAGAAAGCACCAUACGUGCUACGUUUGUGGCCAGCGCGGCCACAUGGCCUGGCAGUGUGUCCAGGCCGGGGCGGCGGAGCUGGUGAUUCGGCGGAGGCUCGCGGCGCAGAUGCCGUCCGGACAGCCCCGGGGGUGGAGGUUUCCGCGAAACCGGAGGCCAUUUGUUGCAACCACCACGGCCCCAGCGUUCGGCAGUGGUAUUCUUCUUCAGAAGAAUGAUGAUAUUUGUCGCUCAGCCGCUGCGCCUACCCGGCAGGGCCAGUGGCCCCCGGGUCCUCCCACCCCCUUCCUCCCCCCUCUUUUCUCCCCGCCUCCCCUUGGCCAUCGGCCAAGUGUGGUCCUCCACGGCCUGCCCCCUCCCCCCGUCGGGGCGAAAAUCCUGUGUGAUUUUUCAAUGGACACACAAUCAAUGAGAAGAGUAUAUCUCCCACGACGGGGGGUGGGGGGCCCUGCAUAUAGUGGAGAAUAUGGGGAGGUUCUGCGUCAGGGUCGCCGAGAUCUUAGAACGUCCUUCUCCAUUGCAACAGAUGCAGGUGAUAUCCCCGAAUCUGCUUCUCUGCUCAGAGCUCUUCAACAAUAUGAUCAGGAUGAGCUCUCACAUAUUGUGACUUCUCUCUUCCCUGAGCGAGUUCAAGUUCUUGGAGGGACAGAACACAGGACUGUCGCGAUGCUCGCUCAGCAUCUACCACGGCCUAAAAAGGCAUUAGGUGCGGUGUUUAAGGCCUCCUCGUCCUCUCCCCACCAUGGGUGGGGAGCUCUUGGGCAGGGUGAGUUGUCGAUGCCCACAGUCCCGAAAGAUGAGCAAUCACGGAUUGAUUGUGUCGUAAAAGCCGCCAUCCCUGCCAGCCCCAUACUACCUAUCCCGGCCCUCAACCGCCGAGCCCAUGUUCGCGCCGCAGCCCCGGGCUCCGGUCCGGGGCUGCCUGGCUAA